CAGUGCGGCAGCCCGGCCAGGCGAGCAAAGCUGCUCGCCGCCUCUGCGCGACCCUGCAACCCCGGCUGCCCCGGCCACCUCGGCCACCAUGCCGCGCUCCUUCCUCGUCAGGAAGCCGUCCGACCCCCGCCGGAAGCCCAACUACAGCGAACUGCAGGACGCGUGUCUGGAGUUUACCUUCCAGCAGCCCUACGACCAGGUCCACCUGCUGGCCGCCAUCCCUCCGCCCGAGGUCCUCAACCCCGCCGCCUCUCUGCCCACCCUCAUCUGGGACUCGCUCCUGGUGCCCCAAGUGCAACCGGUUGCCUGGGCCUCCCUUCCGCCCCGGGAGAGCCCCAAGGCGACAGAGCUGACCUCCCUGUCGGAUGAGGACAGCGGCAAAGGCUCCCAGCCGCCCAGCCCGCCCUCGCCGGCCCCCUCGUCCUUCUCCUCCACCUCCGCCUCUUCCCUGGAGGCUGAGGCCUUCGUUGCCUUCUCCGGCUUAGGCCAACUGCCCAAGCAACUGGCUCGGCUCUCGGUGGCCAAGGACCCCCAGUCCCGGAAGGCCUUCAAUUGCAAAUACUGUAACAAGGAAUACCUCAGCCUGGGCGCCCUGAAGAUGCACAUCCGCAGCCACACGCUGCCCUGCGUCUGUGGGACCUGCGGGAAGGCCUUCUCCAGGCCCUGGCUGCUGCAGGGCCACGUCCGCACCCACACUGGUGAGAAGCCUUUCUCCUGCUCCCACUGCAGUCGAGCCUUCGCCGACAGAUCCAACCUGCGUGCCCAUCUGCAGACCCACUCGGAUGUUAAGAAGUACCAGUGCCAGGCAUGUGCCCGCACCUUCUCCCGAAUGUCCUUGCUUCACAAACACCAAGAAUCUGGCUGCUCUGGGGGCCCACGCUGACCCUACCGCCUCCCAGCAUCUCCCUGGUUCUAGAAGGAGCCUGUCCUCCUCACUGCCCAGAUUCCCUCCAGUCGCUUAUCUGACUGUCUUGGUCCACAGACUCUGCUGAGGCCAUAUCUGGUUUUGGUCUUUGCCUGGCUCUCUGGCCAUCUCUGCAGACAGCAGAUGGAGGGCCGUGGGCCUUGGAGUCCUCCCAGCCACUCAGCAUUCCCGAGAUGGAGCCUCUGUUGGGUGUGUGUGUCCAGAGCUGUCUGGACACAGCUGCUUUGAGCCACAGGACAGAAGCCAACCCACUGGCUUGGAAGCUCCCACCCCACUCAGGGGACCACACUCCCCUACCUCCCUCAAGGAACGCUCAGGCCACCUUCCU